GAUCUAUAAACUAACAACCAAAGAUAAUAUAGAUAAUUAAUAAUCCUCCCCCUAAAAACCACAUUCACCACCCUCAAAUCCCUUUCUUACUUUUUGUAAAAUCUCAUUUUUCACAACAAUCAUCAAUGGAAGUGGAAUACCAAGAGGUUAAUUUGCUUUCUCUUUUCAUACACGAGUACAUAAGGAAUUCAAGAGGAGUGCAGCUCUUUACAUGCAAAUGGCUGCCUCUUUCUUCACCAAAAGCUCUUGUUUUCCUGUGCCAUGGCUAUGGUAUGGAAUGCAGUGAUUUUAUGAAAGGAUGUGGUACCAAGCUCGCGAGCUAUGGGUAUGCUGUUUUUGGAAUAGACUAUGAAGGGCAUGGUCGAUCCAUGGGUGCACGAUGUUACAUUAAGAAAUUUGACAACAUUGUUAAUGAUUGUUCCAAUUACUUUAAGUACAUUUCUGGACAAGAGGACUACAGGAACAAGUGUCGGUUCUUGUAUGGCGAGUCCAUGGGUGGUGCGGUUUCCCUUCUUGUACAUAGAAAAGAUCCGACGUUUUGGCAUGGUGCCAUUCUUGUGGCUCCAAUGUGUAAGAUAUCUGAGAAGGUGAAGCCUCACCCAGUGGUGAUAAACAUGCUGACAAGGGUCGAAGACGUGAUACCAAGAUGGAAGAUUGUGCCUACAAAAGAUGUUAUUGAUGCAGCAUUUAAGGACCCUGUCAAAAGAGAAGAGAUACGUUCAAACAAGUUGAUAUAUCAAGAAAAACCUAGGCUCAAAACGGCUCUUGAGAUGCUUAGGACUAGCAUGGGUCUCGAAGACAGCUUAAACAAGGUGACAUUGCCAUUUUUUGUGCUACAUGGAGAGGCCGAUAUAGUGACUGAUCCAGAAGUGAGUCGGGCUCUAUACGAUCAAGCCAGCAGCAAAGACAAGACCAUAAAACUAUACCCUGGAAUGUGGCACGGAUUGACCUCUGGUGAGCCGGAUCACAACAUUGAUAUUGUCUUUGGUGACAUUAUUUCAUGGCUCGACAAGCGGUGUGAUGAUGACUAUAUCGACAAGCAAUUCAGUGACAAUGUUGCCAGUGCUGUUGAUGAUAUAGAGUUGGCUUCGCCUAUGGUAGAAAUGGGAGAAACCAAGAACCGGCGUAAUAGGACUCAUUCCAGCUAUCUUUGUGGGUGGAAGGGACGGCGGAUGCACCACCACUCUGCUAUGUAGCCGCCACCGUCCAACUAUUUUUGUUCAGUUUAUGAGAUACUAUCAAGAACUAUAUAAAUUACUUGGUAACUAAAUAUAAUGGAACAUACUUUCAUGAGAUUUCAUA